CGGCGGCACCACCUCCACCAUGGACAGCCAGGGCCGCCGCGUGGUGGUCUGCGACAACGGCACCGGGUUUGUUAAAUGUGGCUAUGCUGGCUCAAAUUUCCCCGAACAUAUCUUCCCAGCCCUGGUGGGACGUCCCAUCAUCCGUUCCACUACCAAAGUUGGGAACAUUGAGAUCAAGGACCUGAUGGUGGGGGACGAGGCCAGCGAACUGCGCUCCAUGUUGGAGGUGAACUACCCAAUGGAGAACGGGAUUGUGCGCAACUGGGACGACAUGAAGUACUUAUGGGACUACACCUUUGGGCCUGAGAAACUCAAUGUUGACCCCCGCAACUGCAAGAUCCUGCUCACUGAGCCCCCCAUGAACCCCAUCAAGAACCGGGAGAAGAUAAUUGAGGUGAUGUUUGAGACCUACCAGUUUGAGGGAGUUUAUAUAGCUAUCCAAGCAGUGUUGACUCUCUAUGCCCAGGGUCUCCUCACCGGUGUGGUGGUGGACUCAGGGGAUGGUGUGACGCACAUCUGCCCGGUUUACGAGGGCUUCUCCUUGCCCCACCUCACCCGCCGGCUGGACAUUGCAGGACGUGACAUCACACGCUACCUCAUCAAGCUCUUGCUAUUGCGUGGUUAUGCCUUCAACCACUCAGCUGACUUCGAGACAGUGCGGAUGAUGAAGGAGAAGCUCUGUUAUGUCGGCUACAAUAUUGACCAGGAACAGAAGCUGGCGCAAGAGACCACGGUGCUAGUGGAAUCCUACACGCUCCCAGAUGGGCGAGUGAUUAAAGUGGGGGGAGAGCGCUUUGAGGCCCCGGAGGCCUUGUUCCAGCCCCAUCUCAUCAACGUGGAGGGUGUGGGCGUGGCCGAGCUCCUCUUCAGCACCAUCCAGGCAGCCGACAUUGACACCCGAGCCGAGUUCUACAAACACAUUGUGCUUUCGGGCGGUUCCACCAUGUAUCCUGGGCUGCCGUCUCGGCUGGAGCGCGAGAUCAAGCAGCUGUAUCUGGAGCGGGUGCUGAAGGGUGACGUGGAAAAGUUGUCGAAAUUCAAGAUUCGCAUUGAGGACCCACCCCGGCGGAAGCACAUGGUGUUUUUAGGUGGGGCGGUCCUCGCCGACAUCAUGAAAGACAAAGACAACUUCUGGCUGCGACGGGAUGAGUACCUGGAGAAAGGAACCCGGAUCUUGGAGAAGCUGGGGGUGACGGUGCGAUAGGAACCCCGUCUUUUCCUCCUUGCCUUCAUGCAUCGCUGUUCCCCUCGUGUCCUUGGUUCCUUCUACUGUUGAGCCCAAUG